GGCCGAACGGCGCGCAUGCGUCCGGCGGAUGAGAGGCUGCGGAAGGUCGGCGGCAGAUUAGAAACGGCAAUGGAUUUUUGUGCAGGGAUCUUGGACGCAACGGUGCGUCUCCAGAACUUGAAUACCACGGACCUUUGAAUGUGGAGGAGGAGAUGCUUGAGAAGGAAGCAUGCCAUUCGCAGCAUGGAGAGCCCCCAACGUGUACUGAGUGUAGGGGUGAGAUUUGCAUGAACCGACCUGAAGAUUUACUGAAGGAGUGAUCAGAUAUUUCCUAUCUCCGUGACGCUUUGGACAGCAAACCUUGCGGUUUCUUUAACAUUUUUACGAGGCCAACGCUCAUCCCAGUACGGAUAGAAAACCAGCAAGGAGCCGGCUGGAUUCGAACCCAGGACCGCGUCCCUCGAAGUCCGGUGUGCAUGCCUCUACACCACCAGCCAGCCUUUGUAACACCAGUAUAUCUGUUGUGGGUCAUUGGAGAUCUCAUCCCAACUAACAAAACACCCCGUGUCUGAAAUGAAGUGUUCCGUUUUAAUUCAGUGAGACCCACUGGAACUGGGGUGCUGAGAACAUUUGUCCGCCAGAGGUCGGGUUUUCAACGACACGUUGACUGUUCAAGAGAUUCACGACGUCUAACUUCGAAUCGUCAGAGAAGGGAUAGCUGGGAGAAGUAAUUCGCCUCCUCUCAGUGCGGGAGGGGAUUCACUCACUCAGCUGACCCACAGAUAUACCGGUGAGUUCGCACUGCGGAGAGGCCCCUCACCUGCUGUCUGCGUGGGAGGGGGGGGCCCUUGAUCGUUCCAGCUACUGACAUAGAGGUGAGUUGACGCGGGAGAGAGCCCGGUCGACUGCUCCGUGUGCGGGAAGGGAGUCACUAAUUCAUCCCACUUGGCGGGACAUCAGCGAAGGCUACUCACCUGCUGACACCGUGGGCGGGAUUUAUUGAAUUACCUCACCCGCAGGCACAGCACGGAGGUUGCACAGGAGAGGGACGAUUCACCUGUUCCGUGUGCCGGAAGGAAUUCACUCUUAUCACACGUGAUGAGUCACCAGGCAGGUCACACUGUGGAGAGGCUGUUCACCUGCUCAGACUGCGGGAAGGCGUUUACUGAUUCGUCCCACCUAAAGACACACCGGCGGCUUCACAGUGGGGAGAGGCCCUUUGUCUGCCCCAUCUGCGGCAAGGGAUUCGCUCAGUCAUCUGGGCUGCUGACCCACGAGCGGAUUCACACGGGGGAGAGACCGUUCGCCUGCCCCGUGUGCGGGAAGGGAUUCGCUCACUCCUCCAACCUGAUGAUGCACCAGCGGGUUCACACCGGGGAGCGGCCGUUCACCUGCUCGGACUGCGGGAUGGCGUUUGCACAGUCGACCCACCUGCAGAAGCACCAGCGAGUUCACACCGGGGAGAAGCCGUUUUUCUGCCCCGUGUGCGGGAAGAGGUUCACCCUCUCGAGCGGCCUGGUGAAACACCAGCACGUUCACACCGGGGAGAAGCCGUUCACCUGCUCUGAGUGUGGGAAGGGAUUCAUUGAGCUGUCCAAGCUGAUGAGUCACCAGCGAGUUCACACCGGGGAGAGGCCGUUCACCUGCUCGGACUGUGGGAAGAAAUUCAGUACCUCAUCUACUGUACUGAGGCACCAGCGAGUUCACUCCGGGGAGAGGCCGUUCAACUGCUCUGACUGUGAGAAGCGGUUCACUGUGGCGUCCCACCUGCAGGAACACCAGCGAGUUCACAGUGGGGAGAGGCCGUUUAUCUGCCCCGUCUGCGGGAAGGGAUUCACCCAGUCGUCUGUUCUGCAGAGGCACCGGCGGGUUCACACCGGGGAGCGGCCGUUCACCUGCUCUGACUGCGGGAAGGGGUUCACCCAGUUAUCUCACCUACGGACCCACCUGCGAGUGCACACCGGGGAGAGGCCGUUCACCUGCUCCAAAUGCGGGAAGGGAUUCACUCAGUCAUCCAACCUUGUGAAACACCAGCAGGUUCACACGGGGACGCCAUUGCCGGGCGAGUCCCGAGUGAAAGACGGUGCACCGGUUGCUGUGUACGGAGGCUAUGCCUCUGCCUGCCGGCGGCAUCCCAGCGCUCGCUUCCAGGGGCAAGUGUGCAGCCCAUCGUGCGAGGGGGUAUUACUCCUGAGCGAGUUUACUGCGUCCGUUGCGCCAGGUACCCGAAAACACUCCGCUGGGCGUUUGGAUACGUUCCUGCGGUCUUUGGGCGGCGGGAGGAAAGAGGAGCACCCGAGGGAUCACAGGGAGAACGUGCAAACGCCACACACGCACACACAGAGCAGUGGAGGUCGGGAUCGAACCCCGGUCGCUGGGGGCCGUGAGGCGGAGGCUCCGACCGCUGAUUCACGGCGUCGCCGGUCAGACUCGGCGGACACCAGGGAGUCACGUGACCGCCGCUCGCCUUACCGGCUGGGGUUGCAAUCGACCCUCCACGAGGGAGAGAGCCCGUUUAGCUCUUCCGCGUGUGGGAAGAGAUUCACUAAGCCAUCCCUCGUGAUGAGACACCAGCAAGUCCACCCCGAGGAGAGGCCGUUUACCUGCUCAGUCUGCGGGAAGGAAUGUAUUUGGCCAUCCGAACUGUGGAGAAACCCGCAGGUUGACGCUGGGGAGAGCCCGUUUAUCUGUUUUGAAUGUGGGAACGGAUUCAUCCAGUCGUCCUACCUACACGCACACCAGUCAGUUCACACUGCUGAGAGGGUGUACAUUUGUUCUGAUUGUGGGAAGGGAUUCACUCGGUCAUCUAAUCUGCUGACACACCAGCGGAUUCACACUGGGGAGAGGCCGUACAUCUGCUCUGAGUGUGGGAAGGGAUUCACUCAUUCAUCUGAUCUGCUGACACACCAGCGAGUGCACACUGGGGAGAGGCCCUUCACCUGCUCGGACUGUGGGAAGAGAUUUACUCAGUCAUCUCAGCUGAAGGUACAUCAGCGAGUUCACACUGGAGAGAGGCCGUUCACCUGUUACGAAUGUGGGAAGACAUUCACUCGAUCAGCCCACCUACAGAGGCACCAGUCAGUUCACACCGGGGAGAGGCCGUUCAUCUGCUCUGAGUGUGGGAAAGGAUUCACUCGGUCAUCCCACCUACAGGCACACCAGUCAGUUCACACUGGGGAGAGGCCGUUCACCUGCUUGGACUGUGGGAAGGGAUUUACGCAGUCAUCUGACCUACUGGCACACCGGUCAUUUCACACUGGGGAGAUGCCGUUCACCUGCUCAGACUGUGGGAAGGGAUUCACUCAGUCAUCCCAGCUGAAGGUACAUCAGCGAGUUCACACUGGGGAGAGGCCGUUCAUCUGCUCCGAAUGUGGGAAGGGAUUUAUUCGGUCGUCCAACCUACAGACACACCAGCGAAUUCACACUGGGGAGAGGCCGUUCACCUGCUCAGACUGUGGGAAGGGAUUCACUCGGUCAUCUGACCUACUGGCUCACCAUUCAAUUCACACUGGGGAGAAACCGUACUCCUGCUCAGACUGUGGGAAGAGAUUUAUUCAGUCAUCUCAACUGAAGGUACAUCAGCGAGUUCACACUGGGGAGAGGCCGUUCACCUGCUCUGUAUGUGGGAGAAAAUUCAGUCGGUUAUCCCACCUGCAGACACACCAGGCAGUUCACACUGGGGCGAGACCGUUUACCUGUUCGGAAUGUGGGAAGGCAUUCACUCGUUCAUCCCACCUUCAAACACACCAGGCAAUUCACACUGGUGUGAGACCAUUCACCUGCUCGGAAUGUGGGAAGGGAUUCACUCGGUCGUCCGACCUACUAGUACACAGGUCCGUUCACACCGGGGAGAAGCCAUUCGUCUGCUCAGAUUGCGGGAAGGGAUUCACUCAGUCAUCUCAACUGAAGGUUCAUCGGCGAAUUCACACUGGGGAGAGGCCGUACGUCUGCCUUGAAUGUGGGAAGGCAUUCACUCGGUCAUCCCACCUACAGACGCACCAAUCAGUUCACGCUGGGGAAAAGCCGUUCAGCUGCUCAGACUGUGGGAAGAGAUUUUCUCAGUCAUCUGACCUAGAGGCACACCAGUCAGUUCACGCUGGGGAGAGACCAUUCACCUGCUCAGACUGUGGGAAGGGUGUCUCCUGGUCGCCUGACAUAAUGGCUCACCAGUCAGAUCACCCCGGGGAGAACUUAUUCAUCUGCUCUGAAUGUGGGAAGGGAUUCACUCCUUCCUGACUCCGUCCUGACGAAAGGUCUCGGCCCGAAACGUCGACUGUACCUCUUCCGAUAGAUGCUGCCUGGCCUGCUGCGUUCACCAGCAUUCUUUGUGUGUGUGUGUUGCUUGAAUUUCCAGCAUCUGCAGAUUUCCUCGUGUGUGUGUGUGUGUGUGAGGGAUUCACUCAGUUAUCCCAUCUUGUGAAGCACCAGUGAGCCCACGCUGGGGAGAAAGUUUAAAUAAGCUUCAUGUCGGAUAUUUCACUGUCACAGCUGCUGAGUCCAGAGGCAAGUUUAAGAGUUGAACUCUGCAAUUAUUGCUGCUGCUCAUCACACCCUGGUCACUGGGAAUGGGAGGAAUUUCCUUUGCUGAUGUUCACCUUAAGUGGGACUGGAGUUUAGUAUUCUGCAUCUGUGACUAAUAAAUCAGUUCUAUUUUAAACUCCUUCUCAGGUGCUCAGUGAAUCUACAACACACCCAGUGUGUUAACAUUCCUUAUUCCCUGCUCUUUCCUCGGGAUUUAUGAGUCGGACCAUAAUUGUCGUUCUGAGUUUAUCUGGCACGCAGGGUAUCUUUCAGACAAGUAGAUCAACGAUUUUCUAUCGUGGAAUAUUAAGAUCAGGUCCAAAAUCCAUAACCAGAUGACAUCCAUACCAUGGGAGUAAUCGACACCGAGGCCUCAAAAGAAAAUACUGGGUCCAAUUUCUGGUGAAUUAAAAUGCCGAUAGAGCAGAUGGGGAAAAAACAGACCGUGCUUCACUUUUGUUUCUUUAGCAAAUCGCCUUUGUAGAACGCCAUCUGGUCCUUGGACGCUUCUGCCAAGCGAGACCAUUGUUCCUUCUGUCCCGUCUGGGUGCAUAGUGCAGAGGUGUUGGGUACAAAUUGACCUGUGGCAUUCAUAAUAUAGAAGUUCCACACGUUAACCGUUUCCAGCGAGAAUGUCUCAUCGCCCUCCCAUGGCGUUCAUUAGCAUUGCCGUUUCCGACUUCACCGCCGUCGAUCUCCUCAGGGCCGCAGUGAUCAGAAAGCCUCCACGAGCAGCUGCGUAGAUACUGUGCGCUCCCAGUCGGGCAGUGGGACAUGCCCAGAAUUGUUAAAUUAUGGAAACAGACAGAGCCCAUUGAGCCAAGUCACAGAUGGGUGAACGGCAGGGUUCUCCCAUUGUGAUAAGAACGGGUGGACAGGGAAUUUGAUGCUGAGUCCAGAUAGCUGGACAAUGACCAGAUGGAGGAUGGGGAUUUGUUCUCUCCAGUUGUGUGGAGCCUCACCCUAACAGCAUGGUGUCAGAACUCACCUUGGCGACUAGAACUGCCUCAUCUGAAAUGCCCACCUUUGCCCUUCAAUGCCUUUAUAAACUUCUUGCAGGGUAGAAGGCAAAUGAGAGGUGUAAAGCAGUCUCAAACACAAGGACAUACCAGUUCUGCUGUGAACGUCAGUUCACCAUGGAUCUUUGAAUGUGGCAGUGGAGAUGCUAGAUUGGUACCACACCAGUCGUAGCAAGGAGAGCCUGGACAUGUGUUCAGUGUAAGGGUGAGAUUAUAAUGAAGCAACCUUGUAAAUUGCCGUCAAGUUACUGAAGAAGUGAACAGGCAUUUCCUUUGUAACACCGGUAUAUCGGUUGUCAAUCCUGGGAAAAGGAGGCGUAUCUCAUCCCAGCUGGAAGCACACUUUGUAUCAGAACUGAUGUUCCCUGUUUUAAUUCAAUGGCAUCCACUGAAACGGGGAGCUGAGAACAGCUUUUGUUCGCUAGAGUUCACGUACCUUCACUGGAGACCAGAAGCUCAGCUGCUUGAAGAAUCACUACAUUAUUUGCCUGAUGAUGCACUAGAGAGCAAAUCAAGGAAAAAUAUGUCUGACUGUGGGAAGAGAUUCAGUCGUUCAUCCAGACUGCAGACACACAAGCGAGUUCACAGUGGAAAAUUGUUAUUCGCCUGCUCUGUGUGUGGGAAUGGAUUUUUUUUCCCAGUCUUCCAACUUGCAUAAACGCAGCAUGUUGAUACUGGUGUUGGAAUUGGUCGUUCUUUAUGUUUAUAAUAAGGUAUUAAUUGAAUUAUUGAGAUUUUAGCAAGACUGAAUUUGUAGUUCCACUAACAUAUAACUUGUAUUUUCACAAUAUGUGGUGUUAGAUUCACCUGCUGAUGGCAAAAUGAUAUAAAUUAUAUAAUGGUUAAUCACCUUCUGAUUUUCAUUGGCUAAGUAUUAAACAUGUUAUGUUUGUGUGUCUUCCAAUAGACCCUCCCUUAUCUCAGGAAUUUGCCUUAACUCGCUAUAAAAAUGACUGUUUCUGCAAAAAUCACGAACCUUGGUUCUUUGUUCUUUAGUUUCUGCUCACCUCCUGGUAGUAAAACUAUUGUCAUAUGCUCUGUGUCUGUUUCUUUGUUUUUAACUUUCAAUAAACGAUCAU